AUGCGCGUCCUGCGAGUCGCGGUCAUGGGGGCUGGAGGCGUUGGCAAGUCUGCCAUCACAAUCCGCUUCAUCAACGGACACUACACUGAGAUGUACGAUCCAACGAACCGCAAACAAUUUGAGGUCGACGGCAGUGCCUGCCUCAUUGAGAUUCUGGAUACAGCUGGCAUUGAUCAAUACCUGACCAUGACGGACUUGUUCAUUCGAGACAAUGACGGGUUUGUCUUGGUAUUCAGCUUGACCCAACAAGACUCGCUGGAAGAGUUGAAACGCACACGGCAGAGUAUCCGCCGCAUCAAGUCGAUCAAUGGGGAGCAUGUUCCCUUAGUACUGGUGGGGAGCAAGUGUGACCUUGAGGACGAGCGCGAGGUAGACACAGCGACAGGAGAGAAGCUCGCGGCAGAGUGGCACUGCCAGUACCUUGAGACCAGCGCACGUGAAAACAUCAACAUCAUCCAGGUGUUCGAGUCCAUUGUUCGCCAGCUGCGGGUACACGGCACGCUCGGCCGUAAAGCCUCGAGAAACGACCGGCUGAGGCGCGAGACGACCCGUGGCGCGCACAGUAUUCGCGGGCGGGACGGUGACGACAAGAAGUGUGUCAUCAUGUAA